AUGCCAAAGCGCCAUCGUCAGCCGGAGCCGUUGGGGAGCCUUGAACUCCCUGCUAAGCUCCCACCUCGGGAAGAUAACUUUUCUUCCUCCCCGCAGGAGCGGCGCUCCGCGAAGGCGAAAUCCACAACACCGCCGCCGCCCUCCACGCGUGAUCGCCACCUUUUGUCUUCCCAUCGUGAUAGCUCCGACGAGGAUGAUAUGAGCGAUUCGAUCCGGUCUCCAUCGAAACGGAAGUUAAGCAGCGAGAGCGCGACGAGCGAUUCCUGCAUGGAUUACGACUCGAACGAGGUGGGCGAUGACGGCAACCAACACGACGACGACGCUUCUGAUCUCGUCGACGACGAAGAAAGCUCGCUUUUUGACGAAUAUGAUAGCAGCAUAGGGGAAGGGGAUUUUGAAAGUGAGAGCGCGGAAGGAAAGGAUGCGGAUCCGGAUGCGUCGGGAAGUGAGAGCGGCGAGGAUCAGGAUCACGUGAAUGUGGAUUUCGGCGUCUACGAUAUGGAGGCUCGCCAGAUCGAUGCCGUGAUGCAUCUGAUGGAUCAGUUCUGCCUGGAUAAGAUGAACGAGAUCGAUCGUGAUGCGUUCGGUGCGGCACUUGCGGAGAAUCCACUCACUUGCAUUGUUAAACUCAACGAUUCGGACGACGAUGCGGGCGAGGGUGCGAAAAAGGAGGGAGAGGAGGAGGAGGAGGAGGUGUACGGCCUGGCUUCUGCGCUGGAUCUCCCUCAGGCGCUUCGUUCCCAUCCCGCGGCGUUCAAACCGCUCUGUGAGAUUCUCAAAAGCGCGGUCUGGCGAACCCUUUUCCCCGGUAUUCCCCCACUUGAUCUGUUGCUUUCCACGGGGGAAACCAUGGCAAAGUGUUGGAUGCUCGUGAUGGAGUACGUUCGCAACGUGCCGCUCGAGCUCACGGUGGAGAUCCUCGCGGAUCUCGUCCGCCGUGUAGGGGAAACACCUUCCUCGCCGAAGUCGAACGUGAAAACCCGCGGAUUCGCGGUGUUGGCGAAGAUCCAACGCGCCAAAGAGAACGCGCGCGAGAAGGCUGCGAAACCCUCCGCCGCUGACGAAUCACGGAAGGGAAAAGGACGGGAGGCUCGUUCGGAUUCGUCCUCGGCCUUUGAUCUCGCGCAGUACAUCUUCUGGCGGGAGGAGGAUCAAGUUUUGUUCGAGCAUCGCGAUCAGCGGGUCGCGACGUGGGUGUAUCGCUGCCGCCCGCAGUAUAGCGAGCAACCCGCGCAGGAGAUCCCCCUUUCGCUGUUCUUUGUCGUACAACCGGACGCGAUGCAAAAGGCCAUCGCGGAGAUCAAGAAACGCGCCACUACCCACGCGGAUGUGGUUCGAUUUUAG